CUCUCCCGACGAUUCACUACCACUACCACCACCUCAACACCCCGUGGCCUUUCAGACUCGUCUCCAACAACAGCAUCAACUCCUCGUGAUCGAUCUCAACGCUGUGCGAAGAUUAUCGAUUGCAGGCUAGCACCACCUCAUCAGAACCAGGUUCUGCGACUCGACUCGACUCGACUCGCCCGCUCACGCACGCGCACGCGCCGCAUCCAAUCCAUUAACUUGGCCUGGCUGCGCACCCACCGUGGUACACACACCGCGACACUGUAUUCAAGCCACAAGCAAGCAUCGCCAAGCGCGAUCCACUCGAUCCUCAUCAACAUCGACACGACCACCAACACCACCAUCCCCUCGUAGCUCCAUCCGCCAUGUCCCCGCAGUUCGGCUUCAGCUUCAACGCUCCCUCCCAGUCCUCCUGCUCAUCGGGCUUCGCCGCUUCCCGCAAGCGCGGCCGUAUGGACGACGAUGUCGACGACUGCAAUGCAGGCCAUGCGCCAGAGCAGCGCAAGCUCAGCCUCGCAGCUCAUCGCAGCACGGCAGGCGCCAACGAGGUGGCCACCUUUCACCCCUUGGGGGCGGAGGAGAAUCUCAGGAUGCUCGCCUCCCUCGGCCUCCUUCCUGGAGGUGCACAGCAUGGAGCUUCCAGCGGGGGAUCCCCCGGCUCCGUCUCCUCUGCGAAUAGCUCCCCAAUCUCAAGCACCAUCUCCCUCCAUGGUGGUUACUUUCCCUCGUCCACCAGCAACAGCGCCUACCCCAACGUCCAGCCCUAUGCCGCCCAGCAAGCAUUCCUCAAGGCCCAGCAAGCAGCCUCAUGCGGCGGCGGGAUGGACAUCGACCCCACCCCCUCCCGCGCUCGCCACGGCCCUCACUGCGGGGGCAUCCCUCAGCUGUACGUCUCUCGCGGUCAAGGUUGCGCCCUCUAUGCUCGCUGCCCCUCUUGCGACUUCUCGUGGGAAGUCGUCGAGGCCCAGACGCUUAGCUAUUCGUGCUAGGCGCGCGCAAGACGAGACAUAGCAUCCGGUCGGCUUCAACCCACGUUUCAUAUCUGUACCCAUAGCUUCCCCUGUCCUCCUUGGCAUCAACCGACUCGCGAUCCCCCGACCACCAUUGUACCAUAGAAAGCAGCCUCCAGCCCCAGACCUGGCCUCUCGCCCAUCAUUCCAGCCUAUGCCGCCCAAACACAAGCGCAUGGCUCGCGCUCUCUCUCUCUCUCUCUCUCUCUCUCUCUCGCUCUCUGUUCAGUACAACCUCCUAUCCUUGUUUAUCUAUCAACACACUCUGUCUUCAAACACAUCGAAAAUGAAUCACCGAAUCGAAACAUCUCUCAAC